UAUUUUUUGACAAGGGUUUAUUGGAAAUUGCACAGCAUGGCUUCGUUGCAUGUAAUUGAAUAAUUUCACAACAACACAGGAAUCUUUCUUGAUUAUUCUGUGCUAUUUGUUUGAUCUGGCGAAUUUUUAACUCGGUGUGCAUGCGGUUUAAAUCCGCUGUAUUAAAGUUAAAAGAUAUAGCAAGAUGUCAGUAUCUCAAGAGUACAGGCUUGCCAAAUCACUUGUUUGGAGUGACCAAGAGUUUAGCUUAGCCGACUUCGUCAAACGGUACGAGCUACCGCAAGUUGUGUUAGUCGUAGACGGUUAUUGUGGUGUUAAUGAACGGACCACUUUCAGUAGUGGUCUAAUUCUGACUCUACAUAGUUUGCAUACAACCAGUAAAAUAGUAUGCCAGGUUCCUCAUAGUAAUGCAGUGGUGGUUCCUACAAGCUGUCCACUUAAAGCUGAGGUGAUACCUAUGGACUGUAGGGACACGAUAGUGACUGCCUAUCAAUUGUCUACAACAUGCCAGCAAAUCAAAUACGUUCGAGUCAUGGAAGCUGGCUCAACUUGCAAUAAUAAUUCGUUAGAGACUUUAAAAACCAACGAUAUCCUACAGAUUAAAAAAAAUGACAGCAAAAACUCGGUGAUACGAUGUAAAAACCUCACGACUGCACAAGAUGUGUCGAUUUUAAUUGAUUCCACUGCCGUAUUUGUGCCAUUGUUGGACUCAAAUACCUACAACUUGGCCGAGAUUCAGAACAAAUUCGGACUCCCGGCUAAGGUUCGCUUUUUAGAUAAAAAAGCAGAAAAGAAAUUGCGUUCAGUACCUGGAAAGAGACAGCCUUCGACAUAUUUGUCAGAUUUGGGUCAGAUGACAGCCAUUGAAGAAAUACAAGAAAGCGACGUAAUUGUUACGACUACGUGUUCCGACUUUGAAGAGAAGGUAGGUGCAUAUGUAGUAUUUUGUACAACGGCAAAAAACGCCGAGUCCGUUGCUCAACAGGACUGAACAAUGUUUUGCUGCCAAUGUUGUUCACACUUGUCAACAAUAUUGAAUAAUGUUGUUGAGCCUGAAUCGGGUGUAACAAUGUUGUUCAGUAUUGUUGACAGCUAUGAACAAUGCUGGCAACAAAACAUUGUUGAAUCCUGUUUUUAUCAGUAUUGCAUCAACCUGAGCGUUUUUUGCCGUGUAGGUAACAUAAGUAAGCGUAACACUUGAUGUAAUCGGUCACUCAAAAGCCUCAUUGGGGAGUGAGCAUAGACAUCUUAUAUAUACACUUGAUAGUGCAUCUAAUUAUUCUGCAAUUCAAAAAUUAAAGCCAUGAUUGCAGACUCAGGAUAUUCCCAUGAAAUGAGAAGACUCGUAUGUUCGAACCCCGCCGUGGCCAGGCAUAUUUUUCAAGCCUGCCCGGUGUGGAUAUACACUCAGAAUAACAUCACACAAACAUCUUAUUCACCUGAGUACAUUACACCAACACAGCAGAUUUCAUAAAUAUUAGAUUACACUGAUAUCGAAGGAACUAGACUCAGUUCCGAAAUAUCGCUUACUCGAACCGUCCUGACCGCGUAGCUCAGUUGGAAGAGCAUUGGGCCAGUAUUCCAAAGGUCGUAGGUUCGAAUCCCGCCGUGGCCAGGCAUAUUUUUCAAGCCUGCCUGGUGUGGAUAUACACUCAGAGUAACAUCACACAAACAUGUUGACAUACAUUUCAAAACUAUUCAGAGCGUUGGGCUGGUAUUCCGAAGGUCGUAGGUUCGAGUCCCACCGUGGUCAGGCAGUGUUUUUCGGGCCUGCCACGAGCUACGACCUUUGGAAUACUAGCCCAAUGCUCUGCCAACUGAGCUACGCGGCCAGGUCGCCGGUUCGAGUAUGCGAUAUUUCAGAAUUUAGUCUAGUUCCUUCACAGAAAACAUUGUUAUGAAGUUUUAAAUCUUUUUUGAGUUAUUUGAAAAUCGCCAAGUGUAGUUUUCGAGAAACUGAAUUUCAGCCUUUCCGUAAGCAAAAAAUUAGUUUUUUAGAUUCAAAUAGCUUUUAGUUUAAAACACUGAUAUACAGUACUGGAAACUGUAGGGAGCCUCCUUAAACAGUUUCAGCAGCAUAUCGUGUUGCCUGUUGUGUAUUUUUCUUCUCUUUGACAUUCUUUAUUUUAACACAAACUUGGAAAAUCGUACGUAGCCGGUCGUGGAGGGCAACAAUUUUUCACUUAAGUUCUUUGUAUGUUUGCAUGGCGAAAAAUAUAAUAGUUUUGUUUGUGGAAACACCACGUAAAAACUAUUUUAAUUUUUCACUUGUUGCCCGGCGGGAUACAUUCCAUUUAUCUAAAUUCACGUGACCACAAAUCAGCCAAUCACAUUUGGUGUUCACCCUAGCUAUAUAACAAUAAUGUAAUAAUGUAAACCAAAACUAAACUUACUUUAUUUACAUCGACUAGCUCGAUUGUAAUAUCAUGAAUUUUGACACCAAGUUUACUAAAAUUGGUUUAAUAGAACCAAUGCUAUGGCUGUUUAAAGUAAGGGGUCAUGAAACCUAUUGAUACUUUACACAGCUGAUCAUGCAUGAGUUCAAUGGUCCAUUGGGUGAACUAGACUUUAUUUCAAAACAACCAUAACAUUGGUUCUGCUAGGCCAGUUUUAAUAAUUUUAGUGUCAAAAUUCAUCUCAGAGAGUCUGAUUAAAUUUUUUAUGCCCACUGAUAAUUAGCUGUGUAAAAAUCUGAAACAUACACUGUAUUGUUUCGGACACCGAUUUGUUUACCAAAUUUCAAUCAUUCUACCAUUUUAAGGUAUGCCUGAAUGUUCCAACAACACUCGACAUCACAAUAUAUAUACAUACAUAUAUAUAUAUAUAUAUAUAUAUAUAUAUAUAAUACAUACAUAUAUAUAUAUAUAUAUAUAUAUAUACAUAUAUAUAUAUAUAUAUAUAUAUAUAUAUAUAUAUAUAUAUAUAUAUAUAUAUAUAUAUAUAUAUAUAUAUAUAUAUAUAUAUAUAUAGAAUUAGGCAUCUUUAUUACUAUUAGUUUCGUACCACAAGAUGUGGCACUCAUCAGAUAAAUUAGCCUAAUUUAUUAGCCUAUUAUUUAUUAGCCGAUUUAUUUAUUUAUUAGCCUUAUUUAUUAGCCUUUAUUUUUUAGCCUUUAUUUUUUAGCCUUUAUUUAUUUAUUAGGCUAAUUUAUCUGAUGAGUGCCACAUCUUGUGGUACGAAACUAAUAGUAAUAAAGAUGCCUAGUGGAAUUUGUUGAGUCGUUGCACUUAUUUUAUAUAUAUAUAUAUAUAUAUAUAUAUAUAUAUAUUCAACCACAUUUUAUCAUUUUUUCAUUUUAAGUUAUGCCUAAAUGUUCCAACGACAUUGGACAUCAGGAUAACAGUGGCUGAGGGAUUUCUACGGGGUGAUGAAACCUACCAAAAAGUUGUCAAAACCCUAGACAAACAAUUGAGCCGCACAAAUCUCGAAGCUUUCGAUGAUUUGGACGUCUACGAACAUAUGGACGCGGUCGAAAAGAAAAUGGAGGAUAUGGCUAAGGAUUUAUCUGUUGAGGACGCUUCACCGGACAUCCUGAAACAUGCUCGCGGACAUUUGGCACGUGUUGAACGUCAGACGUCUAUGAAAGCGCACUCGUCUGAAAAGCCACCAAAAUUUCCGCCCAGGGGACGACAACCAAG